UGACCACUCCACUUCUUAUUCUCUCCUUCUUCCUCCUCUGCCUGCCGCCACUUGCCUCCGCGGCUGGCGGCGGCAAGUGGGACUUACUCCUCCCCAACAUCGGCGUCUCCGCCAUGCACAUGCAGCUCCUCCACACCGACCGCGUCGUCAUGUUCGACCGCACCGACUUCGGCCCCUCCAACAUCUCCCUCCCCAACGGCCAAUGCCGCCGCGACCCCAACGACAACACCUUACACGUCGACUGCACCGCCCACUCCGUCGAAUACGACGUCGUCUCCAACUCCAUCCGCCCCCUCACCGUCCUCACCGACGUCUGGUGCUCCUCCGGCGCCGUCAUCCCCGACGGCACCCUCGUCCAGGCCGGCGGCUUCAACGACGGCGAUCACGCCGUCCGCAUCUACAAACCCUGCUCCGACAACUCCUGCGACUGGCGGGAAAUCUCAAACGGACUCACCCAGCGAAGGUGGUACGCCACCAGCCAAAUCCUCCCCGACGGCCGCCAGAUCAUCGUCGGCGGCAGGGGGCAGUUCAACUACGAGUUCCACCCCAAAAAAUCCGCCUCCGAGGGCCCCUACAAUCUCCCCUUCCUCGCCCAGACUCACGACCCUCGCAUCGAGAACAACCUCUACCCAUUCGUGUUCUUGAACGUAGAUGGAAAUCUAUUCAUUUUUGCCAACAAUCGAGCUAUAUUGUUCGAUUACAAGAAUUCAAAAAUCAUCCGGACCUACCCGGUGCUACCGGGUGGGGACCCGAGGAGCUACCCAAGCACGGGCUCCGCAGUAUUGCUCCCAUUAAAGAGCAAUGCCGGAGCCCAAGUCUUGGUAUGCGGCGGUGCGCCAAAAGGAGCUUUUGUUAGAGCAAACAAUCGUGAUUUUGUGAAUGCUCUCAACACUUGUGGGAGGAUCCGAAUAAACGACCCGAAUCCCCAAUGGGCUAUGGAGACCAUGCCCUCAGGUCGGGUCAUGGGUGAUAUGCUGUUGCUGCCUAAUGGCAAUGUCUUGCUCAUCAACGGUGCUGGCGCGGGCACGGCCGGGUGGGAAAUGGGCCGGAGCCCCGUUUUGUCACCGGUUAUCUAUUACCCGAAUAAGCAGCCCGGAUCGAGAUUCGAGGUUCAGAACCCGACCUCGACUCCUAGAAUGUAUCACUCUGCUGCGGUGUUACUUCGCGAUGGUCGAGUUCUCGUUGGUGGAAGCAAUCCUCAUGCAUAUUACAAUUUCACUAAGAUAAUAUUUCCAACGGAUUUAACUCUCCAAUCAUUUUCACCGUCAUAUAUGGAUCCGCAAUUUGAGAAUAUACGGCCGAAGAUUCUUUCGCCCGUAUCUGGAUCCAAAACCGGGUACGGGCAGCAGAUUCCGGUCCGGUUCAGUGUUGCGCCGGGUCAAUUGGUUAAAAGUACAAUCAUGGUAACAAUGAUUGCGCCGUCAUUUGCAACUCACUCAUUUUCGAUGAAUCAAAGAUUGCUGGUUCUCGACCGUGGGGAUGUGAUGCCUGUUGGGGGAUCCGUGUACCAACUCAGGGCCGGAAUGCCGGGUUCGGGUAAUCUUGCACCAGCUGGGUACUACCUUCUGUUUGUGGUUCACAAAGAUAUUCCGAGCAAGGGAAUGUGGAUCCAUAUCCAUUGAGUUAUUCGGGCUGACCCGGUUGGUUUGGAUUGUUGUUUGGAUGAUAGAUACGCAUUACUAUUAUUUGUGUACAAAAUGACUUGUUUAUAGGGAAAAUAUAUGUAUACUUUUUUAUCAAGAUUAUAUAAAUGAACAUGUACGUAUCCAACAAA